AUGACUACAACAUUGAACUCAAGCACACAUUUAAAUUUUGUAUCGCCAAAUUAUGAAGGUGUGCAUUCUUACUUUAAAAAGGUCGAAGCCCAGAAUUGGCAAAUAAAACACUAUCUAAGCUAUCGCUUGAAAGAAGACGAGAUAAUCUUACCUUGGACAGCCGUUUAUGAUGACUGGCAGAAAUCACUCAACGUUCUUGUGAAAAAUCGCACUAAACAAAUUCCAGGUAGUGUGCAUGGCUUCUGUAGUAAUCUACUAGAAAUUGAUGACAUUUUGAAAGACAGUAAGGAUUUGUAUGAAGAAUUCCAUGAACAGUACCUUAACCUACAGAUUUCAGAAAGAAUCCAACUAGUAGAUAAAAGCCUAUUCUCUUCCCUAAUGGUAUCUAAGCAUUUUCGAAAAGUAACAAGCGGAAAAAAACGAUCGCAUGGUGGCAAAGAUAAAAUAAGCAUGAAAAUACGCAAUACUCAUGGAGUACUUACAAAGGAUGCUUUGGAUCCCUCCAAUAACUCCCACUUGGCACCAUCUUUAGAUGAAAAUGAUAAUUUAUUAUUGACAAGUUCUUCACAGGUUACCAGUGAUAUAUUAGCAAAAAAACUUGUUAAAGUCGGUAAAGGAAUUGCGAGAUAUAAUGUCAUAUACCUUCCCGAAUGUAAUAAAAAUGAUCUUAUACGUGCUACGUUCGAAGAAGAAUGGCAAACCUUCGAAAAUUUUUUUAAUAAGGCAGAAGAAGAGAUUACUUCGAAGAUUUCAUCUCCAAUAAAGAAAGUUGAAAAUAUUCUUAAUAAAUACCGGGAAGCUUUGGAUAAAGCAACAGAUGGAGCAUACGUUGAACUUGAUUCUGUAAUGAUUAAUUAUAGUUAUCAAGAUGGAUACAAAUUUCGAAGAGACUGGUUGGAAUACUGGGUGAAUAAUGUUUAUUGUAAAUUUUUAAUAUGUUUCCAGCUUUCAAGACAUGUUCUAAAUGAUAAAUCAAGUAGCGAAUAUCAAUAUCGAGACUGGUUUGUGAAUUUAUUAUUGGAGGAUCUUUUUCUGGACAUUAAUUCUCUUAUCCGUUUAUCAACUGGUGAAGUUGAAAAUAUGCAUCGAAAAAGUCAAAAGAAUUUAUCGAAACUUCCUGAAGAUAGGCGACAAAUAGGUUGGUAUCAUGACGGAAUCCUUACAGUUAACAUUAAUGGCGUCGAAGAAUAUAUUGGUAUUCUUGAGGUUGUAGGAAAUGCUAUUGUUGAAGAUCACGUCAAGAUGAUUGCGGAUAGGGAUAAAAUUUUAAAGGCGAUGCGACUAGCAAUAUUUCAACUAGAACAAACAUUGCGCAACAAUGGAAUUAUUGAUGAAAAGCAACUCCAAAAUAAUCUUGAGACGUUUGGGAUCCUAGUCGAUAGGCGAGAUUUCAUCAUCUAUGCGAUGCAUUAUUAUGAUGGAGUAUAUUUAGUUGAUGAAACCGAUUUAUCAUUCAUAAUUCCCAACACACCAAUGCAAUUAUAUCUGAUAGAAGACAUUAUAAAAAAAUUAUUGUCAUUUAGGGCCCGUGUAGAAUAUCUGAAUACAAGGAUAAAAACACUAUUAAGAGAUAAGACAUCUGCAUCUCGAAGUCUUUUACGACGGACAACAACUGCUGUUGAUGUAUCUCCAGGCAUCUCAAAUUCCAAACAACAUUCAGCACGCAUCAACGCGCAUAAAAGUUCUGCAAAGAAAUAG